AUGCCCCGGGAAGAGUCAGUCAGAGUCUCAACUGAUGAGAUCCGCCGUACACUGGAAGCUCUGGAUCGGCGACGCAUCCAGAACAGUGCCCGAGAGACGCAGCGGACCUUUCCAUCGAAUGUUCCGAAUUCCUCGACAUCUCAGACAGCCGGCCAGCGCCGGCAAGAGCUGGUUAGAGUCCCUCACGAGGAGAUCCUCCGCAUGUUGCAGCAUCUGGACCGCCAGCAUGCCGAAGACCGAGCCCGGCAAAGGACUGAAGAGGCCGAACAGAUACGGCGACCGACGACUCCCAACCCGUUAUACCGCCUUCCACAGACCCUUUCUUCGCCAAAGCGCCCCAGGGCACAGGAAGCGCUUCCGACUCCGCCGGCAACUCAACAAAACCGCUCCCCGAAGAGGCCAGGUGAAAUCUCGUAA